AUGGCUCCAAAAGGACCGACUCCCGAUAAAGCUAGAUUGGGACUGCCUGAUAGAUGGCUACAUUGUCCAAAAACGGGAACGAUUGUGAAUGAUUUGUUUUUUCCAUUCAAAACACCACUCUGUAAAAUGUAUGAUCAGCAGAUUCCCGAGCGGAAAUGGAAAUUUAGUCCAGCAGACGUCUUUUCAAGCCCAUUUCUAAAUGGCCGUAGAAUAGGAUUGUGGAUUGACCUUACCAAUACAGAUCGAUAUUAUUUUCCGGACGAAGUCACAGAAAAAUCAUGUAGAUAUGUAAAAAUGGCGAUGGCUGGUCGUGGAAUGUCUCCUACUAAAGAGGAAACCGACACAUUCAUUAAGAUCGUCACAGAAUUUCAUGAGAAAAAUGCAGAUCUUUUAGUGGGUCUUCAUUGCACACACGGAUUCAACAGAACAGGAUUCUUAAUCGCCGCCUAUUUGUUUCAAGUAAAUGAGUACGGUCUGGAUGCCGCAAUCCGUGAGUUUGCUGAAAAUCGUCAAGGAGGAAUCUAUAAACAAGACUACAUCGAUGACCUAUAUACACGUUAUGAACCGCUAGAAGAUGAGAGAGUAAUGGCUCCAGAAAAGCCUGAUUGGGAGCGAGAACAUCACUACACUGAUGGAUCAAAUCAAAACAACAACGGCACAGCUUCAAGCAGCCAAGCUAAUUUUGCAAAUGGUUUUCCACUUCUUAUUUCCUACUUUUUAUCUAAAACUUAUCAAUAUUCAGGAAACGGGAAUCAAAGCGCUAGCAGUAGUAAUGGUAAAAACAAUGGUGCCGGUGUAAAACAGUUCAUGGACGGACUAGUGAAGGGAGCAAGACAUGUUGAAGAUCCGGGGAAGAAAAGUAUACUACAAGCAAAGGUACUCAUUGCAUUGAAUGAAAUUCAUAAAAUGCCAUUUCAGAUACAAGAACUAUGCAAAUGGUCAAAACAAGGAUUUCCCGGGCUCCAACCAGUAUCAUUAAGUCGAGACAACAUCAAUUGCUUUGAGAAAGAACCUUACAUGGUGUCAUGGAAAGCCGACGGAAUGAGGUACAUCGUUUAUAUUAAUGAUGGCGAGGUCUACGCAUUUGAUCGUGACAACGAGGUGUUUGAAAUUGAUAACUUAGAUUUUGUGAACAAUGAUGGAUCACCACUUAAAGGAACAGUUGUCGACACUGAAGUCAUCAUUGACAAGGUAGAAGAGCAUGGUAUUCUUCGUGAUCAUCCUCGAAUGCUAAUUUACGAUGUUAUGAGAAUUGGGGGAUUCAAUGUAAUGAAGGAGCCGUUUUCUAAGCGAUUCAAAAUCAUUUCUACUGAAAUUAUCGAUAAAAGAGACGCUGGAUUCAGAAGUGGAAAGUUGCGUCGGGAACGGCAAACUAUGUCUGUCAGGAGAAAAGACUUCUAUGUUCUCGAGACCACAUGGAAAUUAUUUGAAAGAAAAUUCGUAAAAAAUGUUGGACACGAAAUUGACGGACUCAUUUUUCAGCCAACUGACAGACAAUAUGAGACUGGAAGAUGUGACAAAGUUUUGAAAUGGAAACCCCCAUCCCACAACUCUGUUGAUUUCCUUCUGAAAAUAACCAAAGUAUGUCGCGAGGGAAUGCUUCCUGAAUGGACUGGACAUUUAUUCGUUCAAAACCAGAGAGAACCAUUUGGGUCGAUGAAAGCGACAGCAUCCCUCAGACAAUAUGAUGGCAAAAUCAUUGAAUGCACGUUAAAAGUGAACGAGCGGGGACAAGCAACGGAAUGGGUGUUCAUGCGAGAACGUACUGAUAAAUCUCUUCCCAACGGACUGCGAACUGCUCAAAAUGUUUUGGACACAAUGCUUCGUCCAGUCACAGAAGAAUAUUUGCUCGGCUCCAUCAACCACGCACUUCGUGUUCUGGAUGCCAGAAAGAGAGAACAUCUUUCACAUGAAGGACACUCUGAUCCCAAACGGCCAAGAGUCCAAUGA